CUAACUGUCUCUUAGCCAAUUGUUUUGUUUGGUUGGCCCUUUUCUAAAUUCUGUCGCAUUUUAAUCACCAAAUGCAACCUUUUGUUUUGUUUCAACUGGUGGGAGCAUUGCAUAGUUCAUAUGCUUAUACCAUCUGUUUUAUUUAUUGUGGGGUCACCCAAAAUUCUAAGCGCCAACCGUAAUUCAUACAUUCACACUAAGUAUUUCUUAAACAAUAUCAUGCUGUGAAUCCCCCAAACUCACCAACCAUCGCCACUCUGACAAACUCUGAACUUCUCUCCCUUUCUUCCUUCACAUUGUAGAUUGGGUUCCUUCAUUUUGAUGGCUCUCAAGGCUGUAUCCAUCUGGGGUUAUUCCAAAGCUUCUCCUCCUCAAUUGGGUGUUGGUCUUGCCAAUUCUCAUCCUACUCCGAUUUGGAAUCAAAGAUAUGAUUUUGACAAAUGUCGCAGGUGGGAAUGCUGUUGUUUGGGUGUUUCGGCUCAGAGAGCUACCACUGCUGUUGAAGAUGAGGAGCCCAAUGUCCCCCCUUUGAUUGACUCUUCUGGGGCUGCCGAUAGUGUUCACCAAAAUGAGUCAAAGGGCUUUCACAAGGACAUAAACCAGCUUCCUAAGCCAUUAACAACAAUUGACAUUUCUUCUUCUUCUUCAAGCGAUGGAUCAAAGGUUCGCGUGGCUUAUCAGGGACUUCCAGGGGCAUAUAGUGAGGAUGCAGCUUUGAAAGCAUAUCCAAAAUGUGAGACUGUGCCGUGUGACAAUUUUGAAUCGGCAUUUAAGGCAGUUGAAUUAUGGUUAGUGGAUAAAGCUGUUCUGCCCAUUGAAAAUUCUGUUGCUGGAAGCAUCCACCGUAAUUAUGAAUUACUUCUCCGCCAUAGGCUGCACAUUGUUGGGGAGGUUCAGUUGCGUGUUAAUCACUGCCUUUUAGGAUUGCCUGGUGUGAGAAAGGAGGACCUCAAAGUUGUUGUGAGUCAUCCCCAGGCGUUAGAUCAAUGUGAGAAAAUGCUUAAUGAUUUAGGUGUUGUCAAGAUUGGUGCACGUGAUACUGCUGAGGCUGCUCAGACAGUGGCUUCAAAUUGUGCAAGAGACACAGGAGCUAUUGCAAGUUCCCGAGCUGCAAAAGUAUAUGGGCUCGACAUACUUACAGAAAGAAUUCAGGAUGAUGAUGAGAACAUUACUCGUUUCUUGGUCCUUGCAAGGGAUCCUAUAAUUCCAGGAACUGACAAACCACAUAAGACUAGCGUUGUUUUCAGUCUCGAAGAAGGUCCUGGUGUACUGUUCAAAGCCUUGGCAGUUUUCGCUAUGAGGGAUAUUAAUUUAUCAAAGAUUGAGAGUUGUCCGCUGAAGCAGCGCCCAUUAAGGGUUGUGGAUGAUUCAAAUCAAGGGAAUUCCCGGUACUUUGACUACCUCUUCUACAUUGAUAUUGAAGCUUCUAUGGCAGAACCUCGUGCACAAUAUGCUUUAGGACAGUUGCAGGAAUUUGCUAGGUUUCUUCGAGUUCUUGGUUGUUAUCCUAUGGAUACAGUGUUGUAGAAGCUCAGUGGUGUUCAUCAGAGGUAGAUCUUUAAUCAGAGACACGGUGGAGGAAGUAUCCAUGAAAAGCAUUGCCCCUUUCACCUCUUUCAAAAUUCUUCGCAUCUCCUAAGGAGUUGAUUUGGAGUAUAUUAUCAUAGUUUUGACAGUGGAGUAAAUGCUGGCAAUGCCAACUUUGCCUCCAAAGUAUAUAAAUAAAUUACCCUAUUGAAUUAUUGUGGCAAAUUAAUGAAUGACCCAGCCACCCAAAGUUUUCUUCUUGUAUCAUCUGCUACACCAAGGCUUUUUAUCUCUUUUGUUGAUCAGGAUUUUGGGGAACCAGAUUUCCUUACAUUCUCCCUUAUGUGGUUGACUCUUUUUGGUAAAAAUAAACUAUGGUUGUGCUAAUUAGAAAAUUCA